AUGGGUGCUCUCGACAGAUUAUCAUCAAUUGGAAGCCAGCUGUCCAGCCCCAAGACGGGCAAGGACAAGCUGCUGGAGAAGCAUCCUGACGAUAUCGUUGUGACCGCAUGUCUCCGAACACCCUUCACCAAGGGCGGCAAGGGCGGCUUCAAGGACACCGCCGCUGCCGACCUGGUCGCUGGUGCCCUGAAGGGCCUCAUCGAGCGUUCCAAGAUCGACCCCAGUCUGGUUGAGGAUAUCUGCGUGGGUACCGUCCUCGCACCCGGCGGCGGUGCCACCGAGAUGAGGGCAGCCUCCCUCGUUGCCGGCUUCCCCGAGACCGCCGCCGUGCGCACGCUCAACCGCCAGUGCUCUUCCGGUCUCCAGGCCUGUGUCGACGUGGCAAACCAGAUCAAGGCUGGCAUGAUUGAGGUCGGUAUUGGUGCUGGUGUCGAGAGCAUGUCAACACAGUAUGGCCCUGGCGCCGUGACAGAGUUCUCUGAGCUUCUUGAGUCUCAUCCUGAGGCUGCCAACUGCAAGGUGCCCAUGGGCGUCCUGUCCGAGCAGAUGGCACAAGACCGAAAGAUCUCCCGCGCAUCCCAAGACGCCUUCGCCGCCUCCUCCUACCAGAAGGCCGCGGCGGCGCAGCAGGCCGGUCUCUUCAACGAGGAGAUCCACCCCCUGAAGGUCAAGUUUGAGGACCCCAAGUCCGGCGAGACCAAGGAGAUCGUGGUAAACAAGGACGACGGCGUGCGGCCCGGCGUGACGGCCGAGUCACUCGGCAAGAUCCGGGCGAGCUUCGCCAAGGACGGCAGCAUACACGCAGGUAACGCCUCGCAGAUCAGCGACGGCGCCGCGGCGGUGCUGCUGAUGAAGCGCAGCACGGCGGAGCGACUGGGCCAGGCCGUGCUGGGCAAGUUCGUGGCCGCCAGCGUCGUGGGCGUCGCGCCGCUGCUGAUGGGCAUCGGCCCGUGGAAGGCGAUCCCCAAGGUCUUUGAGCUGACGGGCAUCACCAAGGACGACGUCGACAUCUUCGAGAUCAACGAGGCGUUCGCGUCGCAGUGUCUGUGGUGCGCCAACGAGCUCGGCCUGCCCAUCGAGAAGAUCAACCCCAAGGGCGGCGCCAUCGCCUUCGGCCACCCCCUCGGCUGCACGGGCGCCAGGCAGGUCUCCACGCUGCUGUACGAGCUGCGCCGGCGCGGCGAGAAGAUUGGCGUUACUAGCAUGUGCGUCGGCACGGGCAUGGGCAUGGCGGCCGUGUGGGUCGCGGAGUAA